UGAAAUUCAUAUUUCUAGGAAGCUGGUCCCACUGUCCAAGUGGAUAUGUGAGAAAGGCCUGAAAUUUACCAUCGAUUCAAAGUCAACCAAUCAAGAUUAAACUGUUAGUAAGAGUUGUUUUUAUUAUCAUGAUUGAUGAACAGAAAAAACAAUAAACCAACAGUAUCGAGUUUCUUGAAGGGUAUCUUUAAUCUUUUAGGACCUGAGGCAGCGCAUGCUGUAGAACACCUGUUACCUCACAAUGUUAAUGGAGACCUAUCGGCACUGUGCGUAUGGGCAGACCAAAUCCGGCACUGGUACAAGUACAGGUGGACAAGCUCUCUACACUUCAUUGAUACCCCAGACAAGGCCUGCACUUUUGAUUAUUCAAGGGACUGUGAAGAGGAUAGAUGUGUGGCUGGUGCUAUUCAGAAUUUUACAUCUCAGCUUUUGCACUACAAGGAGGGAUCGACAGAUCGCAGAUACAAUUUGACAGAAGCAUUGCUAUUUUUGUCUCACUUCGUGGGAGAUAUUCAUCAGCCAUUGCACGUUGGAUUCACUAGCGAUGAAGGAGGAAACACCAUCGAUUUGCGCUGGUACAGACACAAAUCUAAUCUUCAUCAUGUAUGGGAUAGAGAGAUCAUUCUUACAGCUCUAAAAGACUACUAUGAAAACGAUAUGAACCUCCUGCAACAAGCCAUAGAAGGGAACUUCACUGAUGGAAUUUGGUACGAUGAUGUAUCAUCAUGGAAAGAUUGUAGUGAUAUCCUUUCAUGUCCAAACAAGUAUGCUGCAGAGAGCAUAAGCAUAGCUUGCAAAUGGGGUUACAAAGGAGUUAAGGGGGGUGCUACUCUAUCAGAUGAUUAUUUCAAUUCAAGGAUGCCAAUUGUCAUGAAACGCAUUGCUCAAGGUGGUAUUCGUUUAGCCAUGUUUUUGAAUCAGAUAUUUGGGGAUUCUGAAGAAGGGAUUGCAUCACCAACAUAAUCAAAAAGAUUAGGAAUAUCAGCACAAUCGCAUCCCAUAUUCCUUCUUUUCCAUAACCAAACUCUUUGGACUGACUCAGAUUAUCAUCAUGGAAAUUCAUUUCUUUAUGUUCAGGAAUCACUCUUAUAGUUGUAAAUAUGCUGUUUACAUGCCUUGCAGUGAACUAAUUUUACUUUAAUAUCCAAGUAUUAUAACCUAUUAGGCUAUUAGCCUUGGUAAUUGGUGAUCAGUGACUUUCUAGUUUGAGAGCAGGCUUUGUAAUCAAGAUCUGUCCUUUCUAAAUGUAAUAGUUUAUUCCUCAUGAUAGAAGAAUAUUCCUCCCUUUAAUACUAAUAACUAACAUAUGUAAUAUUUAAACAUAUGAAUUUUAAUUAUAUAAUUGCUUUUAACA